AUGCUUGCGGAUUCUUUCAUCAAGGCUCAUGCCGAGGCAAGAAAAGUACAUGCCCGAAAGACCGACAUAUUCCGUUUUACGCAAGGAGAGUCUGAGCUGCUACGAGAGAUCGUUACCCGAUUCCAGAAGGAGAGAAUGUUGCUCUCGGCUAUCCCGGAUGAAUGGGCGGCUGAGGCGUUCACCAAGGGAUUGAAUCCGAGAAGUUCAGACGCUUCCCAGAAAUUGAAGGAAAGUGAUCAUCUUCAAUAUCUGCAAAAAACUUUCGACAUCCUAAGGAAGUAUAAUAUGAAACUUAAUCCCGAGAAAUGCGCGUUCGGGGUCAGCUCUGGUAAGUUUCUGGGAUUUCUGGUAUCCCGAAGGGGGAUUGAGGUAAACCCCGAUAAGAUCAAGGCCAUAGAAGAUAUCCCGGACCAAUUAUCAAACGUGAAGGAAGUCCAAAGGCUUACGGGGAUAUUGACAGCUUCGAGCAGAUUCAUUUCCCGAUCGUGA